AUGUCACAAUAUCACUACAAUAUUUCAAAGGAUGUUAAAUCAACCAACAUUCAAAUCACAGGAAGUUCAAAUGCGACACCAGCAGAUACCAGCUCAAGAUAUUAUUCUGAAUUCAACCAUUCCACAAACUUGAAACAAUCCGCUGAUAAAUACACCCAAAAGAAUGAAUAUGAAGAGCCAAGACUUGAUACUUCAAAGCCAGCUAUGGUUCCAGUUGGUACCAGUUUGAAUGACUUGGGUAACUACUAUCUCGGAAACAAUUCAUUCCUCCAAGCAUGUUACCUCGCAUACUCUCAACACCACAACCUCGUCAUCAGACCAGACGAUAUUUGGAUUGCCAUUAUGACCCAAUUUUCUUUCUACCUCAAUGCCCAUGCAGAGCAACUCAGAUCCAAGAUUGUCAGCCACGACGAUUAG